AGUCUUUUGAGCAGUGCAUGGUGGUGUAUUUCGAGUGGUUUUCAAAGGAAGGAGGAAUAUUUGUCGCAUGAUACCUGACCCAGUGAAGUGAGGGAUUAUGGGACACCACUCCUCUGACAGCUAGGAGGACAGCGGUAGCAGGAGGAAGAAGAAGGAAAAUCACAGAAGGCGCUCCUCUUCCUCCAGCUCCUCCGGCAGCCGGGUGACCAGCCGCAGAAAGAGGUCCAGCAGACGCUCCAGAGACAAAGACCGAGACAUGAGACGCAGGCGGCGGUCCAACAGCAGCUCGUCCCGCAGGAGGAGGGAGCGGAGAUGGAGACCGAGGCAGGACCAACCGCUCCCAUAGGACACGCAGCCGCACCCGCAGGUCUCGUGAGCAGCGGCCGGUCCAGCCGCAAGAAGAGCCACAGCCGAGACCGCAGCCGGCUGAAGGGCCACGACAAAGACAAGGAGAAGGAGAAGGACAACACCUGCAGAACAGGCCAAGGCUCGACUCCAGCUGGUGCUGCAGCUAUAACAGAUGAGGUACUGAAGGCCAAGAAGAGGAAGGACGAGGAGGCCAAGAAGAUGAAGAGGGGACGUCGCUGGCGRAUCAAGUGCGAAGGAUAAAGGACAUUGAGGCCAUUGAGAGCGAAUCCUUUGUUCCCCAGGCUUUCAAAUCAUCCCGAGACAGUGUCAAGACAGAGUCAGUGAAAGUCGAGCAGGAACCUGACGACCCACCUCUGCUCCUUCCAGACAUCAGCUCUCUACCUACUACAAUCCGCUACAACGACAGCGACACGCUAGCACACCCCAGGUUGUUCCUGGACAAGGAGAAGGCCGAGGAGCUUUGGCUCAACAGGCUGAUGUCCCUACGCCAGGAGAGGCUCAUGGGUACUCCUGUGCCCUGAUUGGACGAGCUCUAAUUAGUCUAUCCUUGUCAGGCCACACCGUCAGGAACAACCCCCUGUCCCUAAACAUAAAUCUUUAUACAUUUUUAUUUAAUCCCUCAUCCACUGGACUUCCCUCAGACUUUUUGUCAAGAAACUACAAUGCUCCUCUCUUUAAGAAGAUUUGUAUUUUGUAAUUUUAAAAGAUUUUUUUAUUUUAUUUUAUUUUUUAAUAAUUUAAAAUU